AUGACUUUUGCAACUGUACGACAACUUUUUCUUUUAUACUUAUUCUGCUUUCUUGGAUGUUGGAGCACAACAGAUGCCAGUCCUUUCGAUGAGUGGGAAGACGGGGUAGAGUUAAGAAAGGUGCGAGGCAUCCAAAGCGAUGAUCUGAGCGAUGUUUUAUGGGGAGACCAGAAUGAGGAUCAAGUCCAGAAUGUUUUCAAAAGAUUCCUGUUUCAUUACUCCAAAGCACGCAACUCUGUUGGAGCUGUACAACAAGAGUCUCACUCAGUUCAUCCUUUGAUGCGACUUUCCCCCAAGCUUUCCCAGAGGAGAAAGAAAAAGGUGUUACUUUUGAAGCUUUGAGGUCUGCCAGAGGGGAUGUUGUAGAAGAAAAAUCUACAAAAACAAAAGAGGAAAUCAGGAUUAACAGAAGAGCAGUGGGCAGCCUGUAAACACCAAACCCUAAACAACUGGUGGAGCGAUACAC